UAAAACUACCAUCCCCAACCCCAACAAUGGAACCCUGCUGUCCACCAUGUAUUAAUGUAUCACCAGAUUAGGAUUAUUAUGUACCAUGUGUGUAUGUGCUUAUGUAUGGUUCAGUAGUAAAGAAUUAACACUUUUAUGGAGACAAAGAUGAAGCAAAGAUUGAACUCUGUCCAUAAGACUAAGCCAACAAGUAACAUUAUAAUGUAUAGUGUUACAUAAUCCUGCAGUGGAAAGCUCUAUCUGUGUACUGUCGGUGUGUGUUAAGAGUCACUGCCUCACAGAUAACAAGUGCAGUGAUUUCCAUUGACAUACAAUCAUCUUUUUGGCUGGUGUAAGACCAGCUAAGAUGUGCCUGUUGUUAAUGGUAAAUGUUGAUGUCAGAAAUGUCAUUACAUUAAAGGGCUAUGGAAAUGGAUUUACAUGUUCAUGCAAACACACACAUUUAUUUGAAUGCAACAUGUUCACGUGCCUUCUUUGGGUCUUGUUGAAAGGCUUUUUGGGAGGUGCAGGAAAUUGCCGCUAAAAUUUCCAUAAAAUCAUAAAAUAACUCCUGAAAUCCACUGAAAACAAGAUUGAUAUGUAACAAUGCAUGCAUACCCAAAAGAGGAUUUUUUUUUUUUUUUUUGCUUUACGAGAAAAAGGUGCACUAUGCAGAGUGUCUGUGCAUUUCAUAUGCAGUGUUUCUGCUCUGUCUCCAUUCAUAGAUUUUGCCUGAUGUUGUACUGCAGUACUCGGGGCGAGGUCCGAGGAUGGGACUUCCGAGAUGUCCUGUUUUCAGGUUAUGCUCCUGACGGGGGGAUGUUCAUGCCUGAGAGCCUGCCAGUGCUGACUCCUGACACCCUGAGGUGUUGGAGAGGACUGUCCUACCCCAAACUGGUGGUGGAGGUCGCAUCACUGUUCAUCCCCACUCAGCUGAUCCCCAGAGCAGAUUUGGAGGCCUUGGUGUCUGCAGCCCUGUCUGGUUUCUCGGUGCCCGAGGUCGUCCGAAUUGCCAGGCUCAAGGAGGGUCUGUCGGUCCUGGAGCUCUUCCAUGGAGUCACCAUGGCCUUCAAGGACUUAGCUAUGACUUGCACCGUGCGCUUCCUUGACUAUUUCAUGCAAAAAGAGAACCGCAGAGCCACUGUACUUGUAGGAACCUCAGGUGACACUGGUGGCUCGGCCAUCCAAAGUGCCAAAGGUCUUGGUGGGGUGGAUGUGGUGGUGGUUUACCCCCGGGGACGCAUCACACCUGUCCAAGAGAAACAGAUGAUCACCUGCCUGGAGGACAAUGUCCAUGUGUUUGCAGGUGAUGGUAGCUCGGAUGAUAUUGACAAGCCCUUACGCCGUCUGUUUGCCGACCAGGAGCUGGUCAAGGGCCACGGCCUUAUGAGCCUCAACUCAGUUAAUUGGUCCAGAGUCAUGAUACAGCUCGCCCACUUCAUCUAUGCUUACCUUGAGAUGAGCGGUGUGGACCAGGCUGAGGCUGGAGAACCCCUGCCUGUCUUGGAGGUGGUGGUGCCCACCGGAGGGGCAGGAAAUAUUGCAGCUGGCUGUAUAGUAAAGCAGAUGGGCUUACCACUGCAGCUUGUGGCCAUGGUGAAUGUCAAUGAUACAGUACAUAGGACGGUACAGAGUGGCGACUUCUCCAUGGCAGCGAACGUCAGGCAAACUUUGGCCCCAGCCAUAGACAUCCAGGAUCCGUACAACAUGGAGCGUGUGUUCUGGCUGCUGUCUGGUGGAGAUGGAGCCUUAGUAAAAAGCAUGAUGGAGGAGUUUCAAAACUCCCACAGACACACUCUGCCUGCAAACCUCCACAAACUGCUGUCUGACGUUUUGUCAACAGGGAUGGUAACUGAUGAGGAGAUCUUAGACACGAUGAGGAGAUGCUGGGAAGACAACCAGUACCUACUGUGUCCCCAUACAGCUGUAGCCGUCUGGCACCACUACCACUGUCCUCACAGCCCGCGGGUUAACAGGUGUUAUGUAGCCACAGCAUCUCCAGCUAAGUUUCAGACUGCGGUGCAGAGGGCAGGGCUGACCUUUGACCCCCCUGAGGCAGUGCGGCUGCUUGACAAGAUGGCCACUCGCUGCCUAAACCUGGACAGGAGCCUGAACUGGAGCAAAGACUGGGAAGACCGACUGAGAGAGGCCAUCCAGUCUAUAAGCUCAGCAAGGAGAAACAGAGUACCUUACUAUAACAGCUCGUGAAGGAUAUCAUCAUUUUCAGUAUUUUAGCAGUUUAAUUUAGAGAUUUAUAGGUGAAAUGUUAGGAUCAAAUCUGACCAAGCAAUCAGAUGUCUAAUUGAUGGGCAGAUCAGUCAGGGAUUAAAUUUACACCGUGGCAGUUCUAGUGUUAAGUAUUUUGUAUAAUCAGUAGUGUAUGACAAAUAGUCUGCAUAUUGCUAAAGGCGAUGAAUGUGCAACCCCUAACAAUUCAAUUUCAUAAGUUGAUUUUACUGACAAACAUCAAUUGAAUCUGUAAUUUAUAUUUCUAUGUGCUUUUUAUGGAGUUCAUGCACUGAUAAUAGAACAGUGUUAAGGUGACAGUGUUUGUCUUUGGUUCAUGCAUCUCACUCCUCAGCUCGACCCAGGACGUGAUGUUCCUGGGGAAGACCUUACCUCAUGGACUUUGGUCUCAGCGUGUAAGGAUGUCUCGUGACAUUACUCAACAUUU